AUGCAAUUGCAUUAACAAGCUCACAGCUAGCACUCAUUUUGAGGCACUUGUCAUCUAUUUUUUAACCAUGGCUUGCUACCGUUUCCCUUUCUUUAUACUACCAUUUUUGCUGAUCACUUUGUCACUUAGGAGCAGCAACACAAUCCUGGUUGGUGCCCGACGUUUUUUAGAGACAUCGGUGCCAGAGAAACCUGAGCUUCCUAAGCCAGAAUUGCCUGAGAUACCUCCCUUUCCUAAGGUUGAACUCCCAAAGCCUGAGCUGCCAGAUUUUCCGAAGCCAGAAAUACCAAAAGUGCCUGAGUUGCCAAAGCCUGAAUUGCCCAAAACUCCUGAGUUGCCAAAAGUGCCAGAGCUGCCAAAGCCUGAAUUGCCCAAAGUUCCUGAGUUGCCAAAGCCUGAGUUACCCAAGUUGCCUGAAUUGCAAAAACCUGAAGAAGUGAAAGUUCCAGAGUUGCCCAAAGCUCCUGAAUUGCCAAAAGUUCCGGAGUUGCCAAAGCCUGAAUCGCCCAAAGUUCCAGAGUUGCCCAAAGCUCCUGAAUUGCCAAAAGUUCCGGAGUUGCCAAAGCCUGAAUCGCCCAAAGUUCCAGAGUUGCCAAAACCUGAAUUGCCUAAAGUUCCAGAGUUACCAAAGCCUAAGUUGCCCAAGCCAGAACUACCAAAGUUGCCUGACUUGCCAAAGCCUGAAGCGCCAAAGGAAGAAGUGCCCAAGUUGCCUGAAUUGCCUACCAUGCCAAGUCUUCCUAAAGACUUUCCCAUCCCUUCCUUCACUCCACCUUACACAACCACCAGCCCUUGAAUCAUGACACUGUCUUCGUCCCCUACAUUAUACAUAUUGUUGCUACGUAUCCCUCUUAUAGUAGUCUCUUGAUUAGCGGAUGAGUGUAUUCAUUGUUGCUAGACCAGAUGAUUCAUAAAUGUGUUGCUUGAGUUGUUGUUUUA